AGCAAAGAGGAGCUGUAAAAUCAUUGAUGGAGAUGAGUUUGGUUAUGCUGCUUAUGCCGUCAGGUGAGGGUUAUCAUUUAAAUCUGUUUUUACAAGUAUAUGUGCAUAUGCAUAUUUAAACAUGUUCAUUUUAACAGGACUUUUAAGCAGCACGUCUGAUUUCAUGCGAAAGUACUACUACAUAAAUCAGAGUAUGACAUGGGCAGCAGCUCAAAGUUACUGCAGACAGAAGCACAUUGAUCUGGCUACUAUAGACUCUAUGAAUGAUGUGAACAAGCUGAUAAAUACUGUGGAUCCUGGGUACAGUGGAUCAGUGUGGAUUGGACUGAAGAGGGCAACAUUGAGUCGAUGGGUUUGGUCUACAGGAGAUGACACUCUUUCACAGUACAGUAGCUGGUUGGCAGGAGAACCUUCUGGUGAUGGAUCAUGUGUUGAUUUUUCCAAAGGAGUUUGGAAUGAUUGUCCAUGCUAUAUUGCUUUGAAUUUUGUGUGCUACAAUGAAAGUGUCGGAAACGUCCUGAUAACGACUCCAAAAAACUGGAAUGAUGCUCUGAGUUACUGCAGACAGUAUCACACUGAUCUGGCCACUGCCCGCAGCUCUGUGGAGCAGAACCAGCUAAAUAAUGUUUCUGGAAGUGGACCAUGGGUCUGGAUUGGUCUGUUUAUGGACACUUGGCAGUGGUCUGACCAGAGGAAGUUCUACUUUAGAUACUGGGCAGCAGGACAACCAACAACUGGUGAUUGUGUUGCCAUGUCAACAACUGACUCUGGGAAAUGGGCAACUUACAGCUGUGACCAAUCACGUCCUUUUAUCUGCUAUGAUGUAUAUCAAAAACAGGUUAUCAGAUUAAACUUGUCCUGUCGCGGAAAAUGCAACAUGAAUGAUCCUUCACUACAGGCUGUCAUUUUAAACAAGAUUGGUACGAAGCUAAAGAGCAUAGGACUGGCCAAUUACAUCCGCAUAAACUGGGGGAAAAGAUAAAGGUUAAGAGUUGUUUCAUCUGAAGAGAGCAACUCUACUGCAAAUGCAAUAAAUAUGAAACCUUCAAAAUUGUGACUAAUCCUUAAUAGACUUUUGUAUACUGAAAAGGAUGGUUUCCCAGACAGGGGUUAUCUUAAACCAGGACUAGGCCUUAGUUUAAUUAGGAAAUAAAAUAGUUUAAACAAACAUGCCUUACUAAAACAUUACUUGUGUGCAUUUUGAGGCAAAACAAAUGGCACUGCUGUAUUUUAAGCUAUGUCAGUGCAAGUUCUUAGUUUUAUUUUUAGUCUAACCCUGUCUGGGAAACCGCCCCUAAAUGUCCUAAUAAUCAUCUUAAUUUAAAUCAAUAAGCAAUAAUUCUGAAGCACUUAAUGUCAUGUUAUGAAAGUUUAUUAGUUUUUACUGUUGUGGGCAUCUACAAUGUAAACUACACGAAGUAAACUUUAAAACAGACUCAAAGAAUAUUUAACAUAUUUUAAUGUAUGAAAUCAACCUUAAAAGUAUCAUGAUAUCUAGACUAUUUUGAAAGCUUAAAUAACAUUGUUAAUGAUCAUGAAUAAUAGUAUUGUUAAUCAAUAAAUCAAAGGAUGUACUAACAUUAGGCACAGUUGCCUUGAACCGUGCCGGAGGAGUACAACUGUCCCCACUCCACCACAGGCUUGCACUCACACAAUCCCUGCGUCCUAAUCUCCAUACUAUCCAUCCUAAAUAGUAUUUGAAAUUAGAAUUAGCAUGUCCCAAAUGAGUAUCCAUAAAGUUCCAGGGUGUUUUUUUCUAAGUGUCGAUCCAAUGACACUUAAACGGCUGAUAUUACCCACAAACCACCGCGAGAGGGCGGAGUUUAG